AUGAUCACUAUAGUGCAUAAGGGUGAGUACACAACCUACAAGGUUCAAAAAGACCCACAUACCUUAUACCCUUUUGUCUUUAAUGACAUCAUGGGCCUGGCCACGGAUAAAGGUGUCUCAGUGGACGACGUCAAACUGGCUCUGAAGGGACACAUGAAGGAAGAUUAUGAGUUUAAUCCUGAAUCAACAUUGUCAGAGGAUAAUCCAUUCUACAACAACUGUCCAACUACCAAUGACAAAGUGCAUGUUCUGGUUUGUGUCAUUGAUGCCAACACAAUAACUUGCAUGACUGAACAAAUUUUGAAAAAGAUUCGCGACAUCAGGACUGAAGCCAAUAAACUGAAUAUUCCUCAAGUGGCCAUUUUCACCAAGAUUGAUGCGGUUUGUCCUGAAAUCAAAGAAGAUGUCAAGAAUGUCUACAAGGUCAAGUCCCUGAAGGAUAAGAUGGAGAAGUUCAGUGUAGAUGUGGGAAUUCCAAUUAAGAGCAUCUUCCCUGUGAAGAACUACCAUAAUGAAAUCAACCUCAACACUGACAUUGACUCACUGAUCCUGAGCGCCUGA